AUGUCUUUGGAAAAAGAAACUAGGAGUCGGUUCCAGUUCAGUUUUCCCAAUCCUGAUCUGUCUCUAUUACAAGACUUGGUUGCUCAUGUGGAAGACCUCGAUGGUUUUAGGAAGAGGUAUGGAAAUCUCUUAUCUUUGAUGAAAGUAAAAGUAGAUAGCAUGGCUCUGAGGGUUCCUUUUGCUGGAGGAAAGGAGGUAACAAAGUCCCACACUAUUGGGGCAUCUCUAUAUGUUCCAAAGGUUGAAGUAGAAAAUGGUCUCAGCGCUAAAGGAGGAAUUCCCGGUUUCCCCAUCAAGUACUUAGUGGAAAGGACUUCACAUUAUGCCAACAUGGGGAGUAAUGAUGUUUUUGAGGCAAUCUUGGCCUUGAUGAUUUAUGGGAUUCUACUCUUUCCAAUCUUCAAAGACUUUGUCGAUAUGGAUGCUAUUCGGGUUUUCAUGACUUGUAAUUCGGUCCCUACUCUUCUAGGAGAUAUCUAUUACUCCAUUCACUUUAGAACCGAGAAAAAGGGCGGAUGGGUUCGUUGUUGUGCAUCUAUACUGUACAAGUGGUUUAUUUCUCACUUGCCGCAGUCCACUCUAUACAACAAAGAAAAUCUCAUGUGGUCAAAAAGGCUUAUGGAUCUUACUAAUAGGGACAUAGUAUGGUACAAUGCAACCUAUGAUAUUGGGACGAUUUUAGUGAGUUGUGGAUAA